AUGGAUACACUUAUUCGAACAUUCUCAAAUGCGCAGACGAGCCGUGAAGGAUACCAGCUUGCACAGACACUAUCGCCUGAUCUCCCACAACAGCAACUCCAGGCCAUCUGGAAAAGUUGCGGUCACCAUGAUGCUCAGAAUUUCAUAAAGCGCGGUAUUCAGAACAGCACAUCGGGCUUCGAGAAACUGCCCAAGGACGAGGUGCAAGGCUGGAGUGAUGUGUACCUUGCCUACUGGAAGGCCAUCGGCGAGCUUCUCCCUGCUCUAAACCAGGCGCCGCAGUCUUCAUGGACAAAAGUGUACGAUGCGUGGAAGGAACUGCUCUCUGCGUUAUACAGGGGCUACAUCGGUCAGGGGUUCGAAGCGUGGUCAAUUCCGUGCCUGUAUGUCGUGGCCAAGAAUCUGCGCAUCUUCGCUCUGAAGGCCGACGAGGAGCGCAACAACAACGUAGCCGCCGGGGACACAUCGGGCCAGAUCUUCCAGGAUGACUUUGACCCAGAGUCAGAACAACAUCAGAAGCUGGAGGAUUGCGCCCGUCAGCUCAACAGGAUCUUCACGCUGUGUCUCAAUGACAGAGCACCCUUGGAGGAGUCACGGAAAUGGGGUAUUUACUACAUCAUCAAUCUUCUGUUCAAGACGUACUUUAAACUCAAUUCGGCCAGUUUAUCCAAAAACAUCCUCAAGACAUUGUCGGCUUAUCGAGGUGACAUGCCGCCCCUAUCCGCCUUCCCCAAGUCACAGCAGGUCACGUUCAAAUAUUACGAGGGAGUUCUGUGUUUCCUGGAGGAGAACUACGUCCAGGCUGAGGAGCAUUUGACACAGGCAUGGUCCCUCUGCCACAAGGAUGCCAUGAAGAACAAAGAGCUCAUCCUCACCUACCUCGUCCCUUGCCACCUCCUCACGACACACACUCUCCCAAGCCAAAAGCUUCUCGAGCCGUACCCCCGACUCCAGAAGCUCUUCCUGCCGCUAUCCAACUGCAUCAAGAGGGGCGAGCUGCACGCGUUCGACCUGGCUCUCCUGCAAGGCGGGGACGAGUUCGUCAAGCGCCGCAUCUACCUGACCCUGGAGCGAGGCCGCGAUAUUGCACUGCGCAACCUCUUGCGCAAGGUCUACCUUGCUGGCGGGUUCGAGGAGCCCAAGGUGGAGGGCGGUCCGCGGGUGCGGCGUACUCGCAUCCCCGUCGACGAGUUUGUUGCCGCUAUAAGUCUGGGCAGCAAGAAGGCGAUGGAGAGGGAUGAGGUUGAGUGUGUGAUGGCGAAUAUGAUCUACAAGAACCUCAUGAAGGGCUACAUAGCACGCGAGCGAGGCUUUGUGGUGCUUAGCAAGAGCGGUGCCUUCCCCGGAACUGGAGUAUAG